UAUUGACAGGUACUGGAUUCACCUCGGCGCCAUUUUAUUUUGGCUUGUGCUUGUGGCGUAGCUGGAGAUUGGAGUCAUAGAGGUGCAUGAACACCAGAAGUUGAAGAGAGUGGGACACUGAAGCCUACACAGUCUGCAGAGAGGCAGCUGAGUCAGAACUUCUGAGGAGAGCAUCUGCGCUCGAGUCUACAGAUUCUCUUCUCAUAUAACUUUGAAGCCAUCAGCCAAAUCUCUGAAAACAGACCUACUGCUUCAAUCAAUAGUACUCCUAUCAUAUGCCAUGAUGCUUCCAUUGGCCAGAUGUGCACUAAACCAUCUCAAGAUUCAAAGCAUUCCGAAAGUUGUGGGAAGACAGAAACACUCAAAGCCCUCAUCAAAUUUUCAUGACAAAUAUGGCAAUAUGAUGCUGUUCAGUGGGUCUGCUUUCUGUCUAGGUGCAUAUAUAAUUUUUAUGACCCAGAUGGGGGUGGAGUGGAACCUGUCUCCUGUGGGCAGAGUCACCCCCAAAGAGUGGAAUGAGUAACUUUCUCAGUACACUAACAGAAUUGUCUCAAACCUAACUUGUCACGGACAUGUUCUUCUGUUCAGUGAAAUCAGCAUAGUAAAAGAAAUAAAAUUGAUUCAGAAGUCCUAA